GGGCAGGUGCGCCUCUGCCGCGCAGCCCCAGCCGGACGGCCAUGCCAGCCUCGGGGGACGGCUUUGCCAUUCCUGCACAUCUGGAAGAGGGCAAAGGAGGCCGCCUGAUGCUUAGGCAAAGGUCUGGGGCAGCCCUGCCCUGCUGCCCACAGGCGUAGAUCCCUGCAAAGAGAAGAUGGCCCAGAGGAGCCCAAACUUCUCCACCCUUGGCCCAACCGAAAGGCGCAUCCGGAACUUCCCACUGCACAGCCAGGCCCUGACGGCGGUUCCCCUGGGCUCCGCCCGCCUGAUGGAUCAGCUGGAGGACCGAAUCCUCAGCCAUGAGAAGACCACGGCGGCCCUGGUGGAGCACGCCUUCCGCAUCAAGGAGGACAUUGUCUCCACGCUGCACAGGAUGCAGAACAAGGGCGGUGGGGACCGGCUGGCCAGGCAGCUGCUGGAGGAGCACAUCCGCAACAUUACCGCCAUCGUCCGGCAGCUGAACCGGGACAUCGAGGCUCUGCAGGAGCAAAUCCGGGUCAGGGAUAACCUGAGUUAUGGAACAAACUCCACCUUGAAGAGCCUGGAGAUGCGGCAGCUGUCGGGACUGGGGGACCUUCGUGGACGGGUUUCCAGGUGUGACGCAGGGCUGGCCAGAGUCUCCGCGGAGCAUAAAGUCACCUAUGAGAGACUUCAGAGCCUCAGUAAAGAGCAGCAAGCAACAAAAUUGAUCCUGGAGUCCAAAAUCAAAGAAACAGAAAUACAGAUUUCCCACCUUCUGAGCAGAAUCGAGCAAUCCGUGAUGCAACAAGAUGCAAAGCUCAAGAUGGCCUACAAAGAGAGCACCCAGCAGCUCCAUCUUCUGGAGGCCAAGCUGCAGGACGCCAUCGACCACCUCACCGGCCAGAUCUCCUCUGCCCGCAGCCAGAUGGAGCAGGAGCAGGAGCGCUUCGAGAAGAAGUUCCUGGAGAAGAUAGACCACCUUUUCCUUGGCAUCAAGGAGAAGAGUGAAUUGGACAGCAGGGCCCUGGAGAUGCAGCUAAGCGAGAUCCAUGGGAAGCUGCAGAAAAUGGAAGCCGGACAGAAAUGUUCAGCCCAGGAACAGGAAGCGAGCCAGGCUGAGGACAGGAUGAGCGUCCAGCUCAGCAAACUCCAGUCUGAUUUCACUGAGGACAUCAAGGAAGUCAAGGCAGAGGUUAGCGCUGGGCUGGAUUCUGCCGAGGCUCCUCUGGGAAAAGGGUGGCCCAGCUCUCCCCAUUCCUCCCCCACCAGGACUCAGCACCAUCUACGAGAGCAUCGGAUCCCUGCAGCAGGUCCUGGAAUCGAAAAUGAAACUGGACAAGGAGGAGCUGCAGAAGCAGAUCCAGCAGCUGAAGUGAGGGGCAGCUUGCAAGUCCUGGCCAGGGAGCAAACCCCCACCCCUUUGGUCCAGAGGGACGGACGCUUGCCAUCUGGGCCAAGUGGCUCGGGUCAUUUACUGUAAAUAAGAGACGCCAGGUGUGGCCAGACAAACCUGCCCUUCACAAGGGGAACCAGACAGGAUGAUGGCUGGGGGGCCCUUCUGGAUCUCAGCUGCCUCCCUGGACUUUGGAAUUGUGCUUCCUCCAAUCGAGGCGAUGCCUCCUACUGCCAUAAAUGUCGAUGUGCCAAAAGAUCCAGCCACCUGAGCCAAUGGAAGAGACUCCAGAAUUCAGCUUGCUUCCCUUGAGCAGGACUGAGGCAGUUUGCAAGUGGCAAGCGGGUGCCAGCCAGGCAGGGAUGUGCCACCCACUGCAGCCUCCUCUGGGCCAGAUAUUUGCUGUACAGCCAGCUGCUCUCUGCGCCAGACUCCUCCUUCAGCUUUCACCCCAACACCUGGCCUCAGGAGAAGGUCCAAGGAGGUCACCUUGGAGAGCCUGUGGCCAUCGCCUGCUUGCACUUCCACACAGCCUGUCAACUCCAUUCUUGCUCAGUGUUUUUCCCUGCCGCUUCUCCCCAAUUUCCCCACUUUUUGACGCUUCUUAAUACACCUGCGUGUCAGGAGGGUGGCUCCUUUUCCAGCCCAGCUGCCCUCUGAAGACCUCGUGCCUCUGGCUUCAGAGCUUCUGGCUUCCCUGCAGCUCUCUUGCCAGCCCGGCCAGCAUCACCCUCCUCCUAUGCCCAGCCAUCUCAGCUGACCACUGCCAACAUAUUCCCACUGCAGCCGGGGCCCAGCUCAGUGGCAGGAGGACACUGGUCACUUCCCAAGCAGGACCAGGGGCUGCAGGUGUGGCCAAGGCCUCCCUGCAUGCCCGGGGCCCCCAUUCCUUGCUGGUUGCAAGCCUGGCCCCACCGAAGGCAGCCUCCCCUGCCCCAGCCAGAGUGUGACCAUGCCCUCCGUGUCUCUGGGGCCGAGAGUCUCCUCCUCUACGCUGUCCCAGAGGGCCACCUGCCCUCUUCUUCAAGGAUCCUGCCAGCAACAGGUACUGGGAGCCCCUCCAGAGGCUAAAGCCUCUCCUGUGUUGAAUCCCCCAGGCUCUCGCCCAGCCCGCUUAGGCCCUUUGGACUCCCGCUGACUGGGACCCCGGAAGGGAAGGCAGAUGGAGAGUUUUUCCUUCCAAUGCCGUGAGGUGUGGAGCUCCCCCCGAGGAAGCUUGUCGGGAGGAGGGGGUGGAUGUUCUACAGGAACAUCUUUGUUCUGCCUUCACCUGCAGCUCAGGUGUUUUUUGUACAAAUCUUUAAGCAAAAUGGCAUUUUCACAAAAUCACACUCUUCUCUCCCUUACACCUCUUUCUCAGUUCAUGUUUUGUCAGAUAACAUUUUGGUUUUAUAACAUCUUACAGCGGAGAACCUUGCAAUGUUUUUCCUCAGAAUGUUAACCUCAUGCAGAAAUGAGAUAAGUUGGUAAAAUGUAGAAUAUUGUAAUGGAAAGUCGGCACCAAAACCAGAUCCAGUCAGUGACAUUUCAGCCCCUUCCCCAAACGUUUACCUGGGGUGGGGGCCUUGAAGAAAUGGAAGUUUAGCCCUUUGCCUAAAAGUGAAAUGCUUAGCUUGGAUUCCAUCUGUUUCCUGCAUUACAGGGGCCGCAGCGAGCCCUAAUCAGGGAGGCCCCUGGGGUUCUGGACAUCUUCUUACAUUCAAGCAUGCUAGUUGAAUUGAGUUUCGUCUAGGAGGCCCUGGCUCCGAUACAAUGGCUAUGAAUCUAUGCAAACGCUGUGGCUCACCUUUGGCAGCCCUGGCUGGCCCCCAAGAGCCCCUUCCUUAUGCACACUGCCCAUGGAGGAUGGCGACCAAAGAUGGACCAAGCAGAAUAUCCUCCUUACCCCCACUCGGCCAGCUGUCCUGGCAACCCUCCCUGCCCCACAUGUGGCACUGGGAGAGCCUGCGCCUGCCCCGUCCUGAAUCACCUGGCACUGACGGCCUGGGCAGCCCUCUGGCCAGCGAGUCUCCCUUUCUCUGGCAUUGCUUGGGGGGGGGGGAAAUGGUCAUCCAGGAAUGGAUGCAGGGAUGGGGAGGGAAAGCUGGGGUUCGGUCAGCCUUGGGGCAGCCUGCUGGGACUUCCCAGAUCCCCCAAUUCCCAGCCAGCAUACAGGAGGGCACCACUCUUGAGGGGGUGGGAGGAAUAGCGUUGCAUUCUGGCCUUUCCAGGGCAUGCCAAGCUCCAGGAGGGUCUCAUCUAUGAUGAGAAGGUGGGCACCCCUGCCUUCCUUCUGCUGCCAGUCUGGGAAGCAGAUGGUGUGGCUGGGCUCAGCCCUAGCCCAGGCUGGGAACUUUGCAGGAAUCCCUGGGUAGCCCAGGGAGGUUCCUGGGCAGCUUCUGUUCUGCCUUGCUCAAGGGACUGUCCGGCUGAGGCGGCGGCUGGCAGGCUAAGCUGGGCAUCGUGCCCAAUCAUUCUUAGUCUCACCUGGAAAGGCAAUUUUUUUAAAAAAAUCUGAAUUCAUCCACAAUAAUCACGAUGGGUAAAUUUCUCUAGGUAUUUCUUAAAUGUCUUUUUGAGAGCAAAAUAUAUGUCUAUAUUUCUGCAAUUUUUGGCUACUUAGCGGAUACACAAGAUUGGCAAGAAGCCCGCCAGCCUUUUAUAUACAAGGGCUCAGCAAUUGCUUGAUGGUGUAAUUUUUUUAAUAGUGAAAAGGAAAUAUUGGGGAGGGGGGCAUAGAUAGCGACCUUUAUAGUUUUGGAGGGAGUUUCCUGUAAACCUUCGUGCUGCCCGCGGAUUUCCGGCCGUGGCGUUUGCUUUGCGCUCUUUGUCUGAAGAAUUUUUUCAACUCUGAAUAAAAGUGAACGUUUCACGGC